AUGACGACGGCGCCGACAUAUAUAAAUGAUUGAAAACUGCUAUUUCGUUUAAUAUCAUGUAAUACACUUCCAAGAUGAAGGCAUUUGUAUUUACAUUAUCGCUGCUCGGGCUGGCGUCCGUGGUGUAUCCACGGGGAAUGCCAACACUCUACCGGCUACAGCCGACGCCGGACGUGAAACCGUUGCCACCGCAACCAGACGUUCUUCCGUUGCCGCCUUCGCCUGACGUGUACCCACUGCCCCCUAAUCCCGAUGUAUACCCACUGCCUCCUAAUCCUGACGUGUACCCGUUGCCUCCUAAUCCUGACGUUUACCCGUUGCCUCCUAAUCCUGAUGUAUACCCAUUACCCCCUAACCCAUACGUCAUCCCCUUACCCCCAAACCCAGACGUUCGUCACUUACCUCCAAACCCAUACGUCAUCCCCUUACCUCCAAACCCAGACGUCAUUCCCUUACCCCCAAACCCAGACGUUCGUCCCUUACCCCCAAACCCAGACGUUCGUCCCUUACCUCCAAACCCAUACGUCAUCCCCUUACCUCCAAACCCAUACGUCAUCCCCUUACCUCCAAACCCAGACGUACGUCCCUUGCCCCCUAACCCACACGUCAUCCCCUUACCUCCAAACCCAUACGUCAUCCCCUUACCUCCAAACCCAGACGUUCGCCCCUUACCUCCAAACCCAUACGUCAUCCCCUUACCUCCAAACCCAUACGUCAUCCCCUUACCUCCAAACCCAGACGUACGACCCUUGCCCCCUAACCCACACGUCAUCCCAUUACCUCCAAACCCAUACGUCAUCCCCUUACCUCCAAACCCAGACGUUCGUCCCUUACCUCCGUACCCAUACGUCAACCCCUUACCUCCAAACCCAGACGUACGUCCCUUACCCCCUAACCCAGACGUCAUCCCCUUACCUCCAAACCCAGAUGUUUACCCACUGCCUCCAGUCCCUUAUGUGAUUCCGUUGCCUCCAAAACCUAAACCAACUCCAAUUGUAUACUAAUUACUUACUGCCAAA